GUUAACUUUGCCUCCUCCAUGGUUUUAUCUUCUCUGCUCUUCACUCGCAAUUUCCUCUUCCUCUUACUUACUCAAAUCUUCUCUUUCUCUAAAUGUCUCGUUCUAAAAUCUCUAGUCUUCUGUUUAAGAUGAAUUUCCACGGGGCUUUUCAUCCGGGACUGCUACCCGAAUGCGUCAAACUCGUCUACCUCCUGAAGCGACGAGACCAGCCACUUCCUCUGCUUCUUGACAUCCACUUCCUAGCUUGGCGGCAGUGAUGGGUGCGCCAGAGAGACGUAACAUGCCCCUUCUCCAUCCACAAAGGCUCAAUGGAGGUUUAUGGUUUCGCAUAGAUGAUUGCAUCCGGAAAGAUGUAGUUGCAACAUAUCAAUCGAACUUUUGGGUUCCAUGGUUGAAAUAUGGUGCCACUGGAGAAAAAUGAUGCAUGGUGGACAACUUUUGUGCAAAAAUACUAUUGGGAUCCUCAACAUCACAGUGAGGUUCGUUCUCACUGGGAAGAAAUUCACCAAAACUCAAUCGGAGACCUUGUGAGCAAGAGGAGGAGAUCAGAAGCAAAAAAAAAAAAAACCAGAUUUCAUUGGCCUAGCAGACUGGAACAUGAUGCUUGAGAUUUGGGAGGAGGAGCCACACCAAAAGAGGAGCAAAACUAAUUCAAAGAAUGCCACUUCAAAUCCAGAUGGUUUAGGCACUCACCGUCAUACUUCAGGAUCAAAAAAUCACACUCGUAUUGCUUAUGACAUGACGGUUGAGGCUGGUGGAGUAGCACCAGCAUUAACGGCGUUAGUGCUUAAGACCCAUUCUUCAAAAGAUGGCACCUGCAUUGACAAACGAGCAGAAGGUUAUGUGAAGGCAGCUGAAGCUCUUGCCUUGGAGCGAUCACAAAGUGCCACUGCCACUGGUGAAAAUGCCUCUGCACCCUCUACCCAGCAGCUCAAUGCUGCUUAUAUUGAAACGGCAACUAAUACUAAAGGUAGAGUCUAUGGGCUUGGUUCACUUCAGUAUGUUGAUGCUGACCCCAAGGAAUCUCCGGCAGCUUCUCUACGUAGAAACGUUGGAGUUGAUGGACGAUUGACCACUGUGGAGGGUGUUGUGACUUGGUUGAAGGAUGACGUUUCUGGGUUGAAAGAUGACGUUUCUGGGUUGAAACAAAGCAUCGACUUGUUGUUGAAGAUGAAUGGAGUGGAUCCUAUUACCCGUCAACCUAUUCCAUGUGAGAGUGGUGCAUCUGCUCCAAGUCCCCAUUCUGAUUCUAGCCAAGAACUUAACCAGCACACUCCCACUCAUUAGCACUUCAUCUAUCCUAGGUGUAUUUUGUGUUUCCAUGUGCAAUAUCAAUCUCUAACAUCAUUAGAUUUCUUUUGUAAAAACAUCAUUAGAUGUCUUUUGUAAUUGAAGAACAUCCGUAGAUGUCUUUU